CACACACUGCAGGCACGUCGGGUACGUCGCAGGCGCAGCAUCAUGGAGGGUCUUCAGGGAAUGACGCCAGUCCAGCAGCAGGACUUCUUGCAGCACUUGGAGAGCCAACAGAGGAAAGACUCGCUUGCCAUGUACAACAACCUGGUGUUUCGAUGUUUCGACGAAUGCUCCAAGAGCUUCCGAAGCAAGAGACUGGAUGACGGGGAGACGAAGUGCAUUAACGUGUGCGCGGAGAAGUACAUCAAGCUCACGAGCAGGGUAGCGCUACGAUUCCAGGACAUCCAGCAGCAGAAAGCCAAGGACGAGGCUGCGGGGGUACAACGCUGAACCUACCUCCGUAUGCCUCUGAAGUGUAUUGGUAUUUAGAGCUACACUGGGGCGGCUGGUUUGUAUCAUACAUUUGCAUAGCGCCCUUGUGUGCCCCGUCCUAGGAUACACGGGCAUGGCACUUGCGUAUAUCUGUCGUUGAAGUCCGAAAAUGUGUGCUUCGAGGGAUGUUGUCCCAGCGGUCUGGAAUGAAUGUCAUGUUUCGAAUCAGUGUUUGAAUCGGUAGUGCCGGAUGCAGCCCUCCCCCUCCCCGUUCCUGUAAUUUGUUCUUUCGACCAUUUUUGCGUUGUGCCGCAGCUCCCACGGGUGCUUUGCUCAUGUUGCGAAUACCUGAUCGAGUCGUCGUGCGAUACAGGAAAUCGCGGCGUGUUCACCGUUUCCCUUCGGGCCCCUGGUCUGCUCCCGGAAAAUCGCCUUGAGUGGCCUUCGCGUUUCGUGAUUAUCUAGACGCAAUCAAGCCCAUCUCCUCUCAAUGCGUUCCAACGUCCAAUCCUGAAGCAUGUGAAAGUUCAUUUUUCGUGUUUGAGUUUGUGAGUAGGUUGAAAAAAAAAGAAAAUGAUUUCUCCAAGAUGUUUUCGCGGUUAGUUGCGGGGGCGCACCCGCGAAGUCUGUUUAGCGUUUGCCAAUGUGCGGUGGCGGGCGUCCGAGAAACGCACGGCAUCGUCGCACUUAGACGGGCACGCAAGUUGGAAACAUGCACGUGCAUGGUGGGUGAACACCUUGGUUGCGGCCACACGAAGGGUCUGUCACUCAUCAUGUCGGACAAUUAUUUGGUCACUGUACAUGCAGUUGGAUCGAAAGUGCCGAUAUCGUUCGUGUCAUCCAGAGCAUGGCCUCUGGUUGCAGCAAAUGCCCGCAGCUCGGAUAUCCCCGAAUGAUUGCCCCCGCAGUCAAUUGUUGACUUCGUGCUUUGGCAUGCUUACCCUCGCGAGGCCUGUGAACGAACCGUUGUUGCAUUUUGACAUGUACUCUCUCUCGUGCGUUUCUCGAGAAUCUGUUGUCAUCUGUGCGUUUCUCGAGAAUCUGUUGUCAUCUGGCUACUUCUCGUUAUGUGACGCCUCGUUCCCUCUCAGUUUCUCGAAAAGUUGAACAGCGGCACCUUGAGCACCCCUCUCUACCUUGAAGGCAGUACAUAGAGCAGCGGCUUCCCGUCGGACAUCACAUCACCUACUACUUCUGCGCGUUUCUCUAGGAUGAAGGGCAGGCCUCCAACUCCUGCGAUGUCAAGGGGGAUGGCACGCGCACCUUGGGGCUAACAUCGCAAGAUACACAUCCGAAUACAGUCGACCCCGCUUGAAAGACACAGCACGUUUCCCCCCCCAAAAAAGUGUCUUUGACGCGGGGAAGUGUCUUUAAAAUUCCGGGGCCACUAACGCACCAUCCCCGGGGCCAAUGAAGGCGAAACAUAUGUAAAAAGGUGCGCAUUCGCAGCAGAAAGGCGACCACAAGAGGUGUUGUUUGAAACCUACGACACAAACAAGGUGAUUUGAAUUUCGCAACCAUUGCUGCUAUUGUGCUGCAAUACAUACUUGCAUACCAUCGUUGAAUUUCCCCGUACCGUACCACCAAAACGCUGAAAGCGAUGGCGUUCUACGACCUACGCAUCGUAAAUGUACACGACGGUAGUGCGCUGUGGUGUUGAUAUGGGCUUAAAUAUUUGCUUUAUUUUUUUCUUUGGCGUUGUCCUCACCGUGAAUAUGUUGCCCAAUAUCUCGCUACCGCACCUGAGAAAUAUUGAAGGUUGUAAAACGACACUAGGAAAAUGUAGAUUGCGCAGAAACACAGAGACCAAAAAUGUCGGGAAAGCACAGCGACAAAGAGGACACCGCGCCUCCCAACAAGUCAAAACGAGGCACAAACAACACACGAGACUUCACCCAAGGCAAACAACGAACGUUGGCAAUAAAAGUGCUUUGCUCUCGAAACCAUUUUCUGGGGGGGGGGUCGAAUGGUGGAAACCCUACGCCCCCUACUCUUUCACAUCUGCGGGGCACCAUGUUUCUGAGAUUUUCUGUGUCCUUAAAGCGAGGAGUGUCUUCAAAAUGGUGUCUUUAAAGCGGGGACGACUGUAUCCGAAUCCUACGAAAGUGAGCGAGAUCAUUCAACUGACGAAACUUGACCGAUUUCGCCCCAGGCCACAAACUACCCAGGUAGCGUAGUUCCUCGCGCAGUCUAAUGACUACCACCCCUCCACACACAACAUUACGCUCGGAGAUGCAACACAGCAAACAAACGCCAUAGCUACUCAUAGCUGUUUCACACCGUCAGGCCCACGUAAAGGGGCUGCUGUCUGCAGCUACCGUUUUGAGUUUCCCCUCCCGUGGAGGCUCUCACCAACCCCUCUGUUAUUCCCACACUUCAACAUUCAAGGGAGACUGCGUAAAGGUUGCGCGCUCUUCUCUAAAGGGAGACCGCACGGAUGUCCACAAUCAAUCGCUCCCCCCCCC